CGUCAAAGCGCCUACAACUCUGAGCACAGCAGCAAACGCUCCUCAAACCAAAAAAACACCAACAUACUCUGUUUUCCGAAACUCUCUGCACAAAAUAUUGACGAUUAUCUUUCUCUAAAACCGCGUUUUUGAUUGAUUUCCUUCGCCCGGGGACGCUGGAUAUGGAGCUGGUUGGUUCUGAAUAACGGACGCGGACAAAGCGGAUCAUCUGUAGCCGUGAUGAGCGCGACUAUGAGCGGCUCUGGAUCUGCGCCCUGCCGCUUCGCACAUUACUUCAUAGUAUGCGGACUAGACGACGAAACGGGACUUGAACCCGAUGCUUUGGCAGCUUUAUACCAGUGGCUGGAGGCUGAUCGGCAGGGCAAGGAUCCAGAGGCCACAGCAGCAGGGGAAAACUUUGAUCAGAGUCCCCUAAAAAGGACCUUCAAGUCUAAAGUGUUGGCUCACUACCCGGAGAACAUCGAGUGCAACCCAUUUGACCAGGAUGCUGUUAACAUGCUCUGCAUGCCCAAAGGCCUAUCAUUCAGGACGCAGCGGGAUAGUCUGGCUCCGCACUUCCACUCGUUCCUCAUCACCCGAGAGGACGGCUCACGCACUUACGGCUUCGUCCACACCUUCUACGAGGAGGUGACGAGUCCUCAGAUCUGCUCCGCCAUGCAGACGCUCCACCAGAUGCACCAGGCUGAACACAACACAUCUGCACAGAACUGUCCUUCAUCCUCCUCGUCAUCCUCCUCCUCCUCUUCCUCCUCCAGCAUGGACUCUUUAUCCAGCAGUCUGGAUGACGUUGACUCUCCAUCCACUCAUGGAGGCAGAAGAAGCUGUGAAGGCUAUGACUCAGUCCGUGACACACUUUACGUGUCCAAAGCCAUGUGUUUGAUUGCACCGAUGCCCUUCAUGCACGCUUGUAAACGUUUUUUGGCUCAAAUGCACCGAGCCGUGAGCUGUAGCCCUCCGCCGCCACUUCCUCUGGAGAGUUACAUCUAUAAUGUGCUGUAUGAGGUGCCGCUGCCGGCGUCUGGGCGCUCGCUUAAGUUUCACGGAGUCUACGAACCAAUCCUGUGUCAGCGGCCGGGGGUCGGAGAGCUGCCAUUGGCUGAUUUUCCACUAGCCGACGCCUUCCGGUUACUGGGGGUGGAGAAUCUAGUGCAGCUGUUCACCUGCGUCCUGCUGGAGAUGCAGAUUCUGCUGUACUCACAGGACUACCAGCGGCUCAUGGUGGUUGCAGAGGGCAUCACAACAUUGCUCUUCCCUUUCCAGUGGCAGCACGUGUAUGUCCCAAUUCUCCCCGCUUCACUCCUGCACUUCCUAGACGCCCCUGUCCCGUAUCUCAUGGGCCUGCAGUCAAAAGAGGGCACUGACCGCUCCAAACUAGAGCUGCCUCAAGAGGCAAACCUGUGUUUCGUAGACAUCGACAACCACUGUAUCGAGCUUCCCGAAGACUUCCCUCAGUUCCCCAACAGGAGCGAGUUCAUCCAGGAGCUGAGUGAGGUGCUGCUCAGUUUUGGCCAGUCUCCCGAAGGGGGCAGCGGCUCUCCUGAACCGGCCGUGAUGAGCUCGCAGACCUCCACCCUGGAGAAGGAGCUCAAGAGCACUUCGUUGAGAGAGUUGGCGGACGAUAAGAGGAACGGCAACCUUGGUGGAGAAGCGCUGGAUGUGCUGGAGCUCCUGCAGGGCAACCCGACGCUGGAGCGCCUGCAGGCUCUGGCCAAGAGGACUGGGGUGAAAGUGGCCCGUCUGGAGGCGCUGGCGGCGGGACAGAAGGGGGAUGAAGGUGUUGGAGGAAGGUCUCCUGUUGAGGAGGAGGAGCUGAGGAAUGCUAAACUGAACGUUCAGCUGAGGGAGGUGUUCGCUGCACGCUUCGCAACAAUGUUUGCAGACUACGAGUCGUUUGUGAUUCAGAACUCGCCAGAUUUGGAAUCUUGGCUGACCAAUAGAGAGCAAAUGCACAACUUUGACAAGGCCUCAUUUCUUUCGGACCAGCCAGAACCAUACCUGCCCUUUCUGUCUCAUUUCAUCGAAACCCAAAUGUUUGCCACCUUCAUCGACAACAAGAUUAUGUCUCAGUGGGAGGAGAAAGAGCCUCUCCUUCGGGUGUUUGAUGGACGCAUUGAGAAAGCCAGACUAUACAAUGUCCGCGCACCCAGUUUACGCUCCUCUGUUUACCAGAAAUGCACUUUCCUCAAAGAAUCAGCCCAGGCCAUUGAGCAGCGGCUUAGAAAGAUUGACCACACGGCCAUCCAUCCUCACCUUCUGGAUAUGAAGAUUGGCCAGGGAAAAUACCAGCAGGGCUUUUUCCCCAAACUCCAAGCGGAUGUGCUCGCCUCUGGACCCACCAGCAACAAGUGGUCAAAUCGCACGUGUUCGACUCAGCGGAGAGUAGAACGACACAGGCAGCAGAAUGAACAUCUGGUGCUGGACAAUGAACUCAAAGAGGUCGAGGGGUGUUUGCUCCUGCAGAACUCUAUGGCUUUCUGGGAGUGGGAUAAGGCGCCACCCCCGCCUGUUAAACCACCUAAAAAGUCCUUCUCGGCCUGCUGUCUGAAAUACAUGCAGGAGGCCCGUAACCUAGGGAAGAACCUGCGACAACCCAAACUAUCAGACCUGUCCCCUGCCGUCAUCGCACAGACCAACUGGAAGUUUGUGGAGGGUUUACUGAAGGAAUGCAAGAUGAAGACCAAGCGCAUGUUGGUGGAGAAAAUGGGGAGAGAGGCUGUCGAACUGGGUCACGGAGAGGCAAACAUCACCGGCCUGGAAGAAAACACGCUUAUAGCCAGUCUGUGUGACCUGCUGGAGAGAAUAUGGAGCCAUGGGCUUCAGGUUAAACAGGGAAAGUCUGCACUUUGGUCUCAUUUAUUGCACUACCAGGCGAGAGAAGAGAAAAACGAACAGCAGGCGGAGUCUCCAGUGUCUAAUGGCCAGGAAAGACGGAAAACUGAAUCCAGUGUUGGUCUUCCUGGAUUACGUGUGUCCGUCAUACAGGAUAUGAGACACAUUCAGAGCAUGGCAGAGAUUAAGACUGAUGUAGGUCGAGCACGUGCCUGGAUCCGUCUGUCUCUGGAGAAAAAACUUCUUUCCCAGCACCUCAAACAGCUGCUGUCAAACCAGGCCUUAACCAAGAAGCUCUACAAACGUUACGCUUUUCUUCGCUGCGAGGAGGAAAAAGAGCAGUUUCUCUUUCAUCUCCUGAGCCUGAAUGCUGUGGACUACUUCUGCUUUACCAGCGUCUUCACUACUAUAAUGAUCCCGUACCGGGCUGUGAUCAUCCCCAUCAAGAAGCUGAGUAACGCCAUGACCACGUCCAACCCCUGGCUGUGUGUGUCAGGCGAGCUGGGCGACUCCGGCAUCCUGCAGAUCACCAAAAACAUACUGGAGAUGACUUUCGACUCUGCCUUUAGGCCUCACACGCACAUCUCCAUCGCCUUCAAGUGCCAGAAUCUGGGCAAGCUGACCACUGUUCAGCUGGGUCAUGAUAACUCCGGCUUGCUGGCCAAGUGGCUGGUUGAUUGCGUCAUGGUCCGUAAUGAGAUCACCGGACACACGUACAAGUUUCCCUGUGGCCGGUGGCUGGGCAAGGGUGUGGACGAUGGCAGUCUGGAGCGAGUGUUGAUUGGAGAGUUUGUGGUGCCGUGCGGCGAUGAUGAAGGAGGUCGAGGGUCUAAAACACCACCGCUCCAAAGAUCGCCCUCCCAGAUUCGGAGAAUCAGCAUCACUUCACUCACCGGAAGAGGAAACAAACCAACAACCGUUCAGAUCCAGGAAUCUAUCGGUGAAGCAGUCAACAAUAUAAUUAAACAUUUCCACAAACCAGAGAAAGAGCGGGGCAGUCUCACGGUUCUGCUGUGUGGAGAAGGUGGUCUUGUUUGGGCGCUGGAGCAGUUUUUCCACCAUGGGUUUCGUUCCGCUCGAAUCUUCCAGAAAAAUGUCUUUGUGUGGGAUUUCUUUGAGAGAAUAGUAGCAUUUCUGGAGAACAGAGAUCAAACUGGAGACCUGCAAGAAUCCCCCGAGCCUCUCAGCCUGAAUAGCGAAUCUCUCUGUCGAUACGUCAACGCUAUUAACAACAUGCCACGCAAUAUCGGCAAAGACGGCAAAUUCCAGCUGCUAGUUUGCCUCGGCGCGAGAGAUCGAUUAUUACCCCAGUGGCUCCCUCUACUGGCCGAAUGCCCUGUCAUCAUGCGUAUGUAUGAAGAAAACGCUUUACUUCGGGACAAACUCACCGUAAGCUCUCUCCUCGGCGUCUUAGAAACGCUACAUGAUUUCCCCAUUACGCUGGAGACUUCGCUUACCAAAAGCGUCGAGCUGUAAUUCAGCACGGCGUAGUUCAAAUCAGACUGCUGCCAUCUUCAGGACUAAAACGGUAUUACAAGUUUGCUGUUUUUUUUUUUUUGUGGAGAUUGACUGAAGACUCUCUUUCACCCCCAAAGAAAUGAACUCUGAACUUCAGACGUGUGUUUUGUAGCAGUAUUUGGAGUCGUGCUCUUUCUUGCCGAACAUUUUAAGAAGACCUGUGGAUUUAUUUAGCUUUCGAAAACCUGUGGUCAUUUGUCUGCGAUCGAGUCGCAUCUGCUUCAGAUCAUGCGCUGACUUUGUAAAACACUUUUUAUUUUGAUGACUGCUGAGGAGCCUUAGUAUGGACCGAUUAUAUUCAGUUAAUCAGCGUCGGAUUAUACUUGAGGAAUUCACACAACAUCGAGUGUUUAUACGAACUGAACUGUUUAAGCUGAUGCUGUUUGUUGGCGAGUAAUAGUUCCUGUUUUGAACGUGUUCAUACUUCAUUUUCAGAGAAAACGGUCAUUCCUAUAGGAUGUGAAUCGCUGGAUGUUACUAAAUGUGUGAUCUAUGGGGUCUGGUUGAACACUUUAAGGAGAUGUUUAUUUUGCCAAUGAGUAUUAACUUCAUUCUUAGCUACUUCGGUGGGUUUCAACUGGCUUACGUUUAAGAAAGAAACACUGGAAAUCAUUCAAAGCAAUAACAAGCCCUUAUUUGCCAUAAACCUUCAAAUUACAGUAUCCUGUGGGGUGUAAAUCCUCAUAUUUACCACUUAAUUAAGCGUAUUACUUUGUAAAUCCAAGUUGAUUACUACAGAACUUGCACAGCGCUUAGUUAUUAAGUAAAACUCAUAUUAUUUUAUGAUCAAUUUUAAUCCUUCUGAGAGAAAUCGACAAGUGUUGCAGGAUUAAAAAUGGCUUAGCGUUACUUUUUGUUUUUAAGACGCUCUACAUUUAAUCCGUAUGUAUGCGAACACUCAACCUGUGUGUUUUAUUUCCUUUCUAUAUUUCUUUUAUAGUUACUCGGAUUGUUUGUAAGUAUUUAUUUUCAGAGGAAACUUUUGAGACACUGGUUAUUAUUGAGUAUCUUGGGGUUGCAGUAAGCUGACACUGAAUCAUUUAUUUAUUUUAGGUAAACUACUUUAUCAUGGGUUCGGAGUGUGUGUAUAGGGUCGAAUCCCACUCCAUCUUGCGUAAAAAAAAAUCCAUGCGGGAACUGUCCACCUGUUUGCGGUGCUGAUGCAUGUGACGUUUUUUUUUUUUUUUUUACGUAGAUCUCGGAGAAGAAGUACUGUUGCUGUAAAUUAAUUGAUUCCUCUUCUAGAUUCUUUCUGUGCAUCAGUUUAUUCCCUGUAUAAAAGUGUUGCUCAUAUUAUGAAAUGCUCCUGGGUUUCUCCGUCAUGUUUAUAUUUGUGAAGCAGCUCAUUAAAAUUGCUCCGUACAUAAA